UCGGCCUCUGCGGAUGUGUCCCAAUCUUCUAUUGGAUGAUGUCUUUGUCCGGCUGUGUCUUCAUGUAUCAUUCGAGGUUGUCUACGUUCGGAUGUGUCUCUGGGUUCCAUUGGCUGUAUCGGAGGGUCAUUAAACGCUGAAGUGCGGAGAGGUCGCACUGAACUAAUGUUUUUAGAACAAAGAUAAUGGGGUCACAGCCGCCUCCAAAACCCUGGGAAAGACGGAUCCCGGGAAAUAUGAGCGUCCCGUCCUUCCAAUCUGCUGAUUUGGUAUCUGGCUUCCCUGCAAGACAAGGACAGACUGUAGUUACACAAAUUCCGCCUCCUGUUCCCCCAAGAUCAUCACAACAGACUGGAGUUGGCAAUCUCAGCACUUAUAGAUCUGCUUAUAACACCUUCUCUCCAGCAUACACACCAUAUGGAAGCUCUUUGUAUGGAAGCUAUACCCCUUAUAGUUAUGGAUAUGGAGGUCUUGGCUAUAACAGAUUUCGAACAGAUGAUAUACCUCCCAGCAGAUUUGUACGCCAGGCUGAAGAAAGCAGUAGAGGAGCAUUUCAGUCUAUUGAAAGUAUUGUUCAUGCAUUUGCUUCUGUCAGUAUGAUGCUUGAGGCUACUUUUUCAGCAGUGUACAACAGUUUCAGAGCCGUCUUGGAUGUUGCUAAUCACUUUUCCAGACUCCGGGUGCAUUUUACUAAAGUUCUGUCAGCAUUUGCAUUGAUCCGAACUUUGAAGUAUAUGUACAGGAAGCUACAAAGAUUACUUGGCCUACGGAACAACUCGGAGGUUGAGGAUUUAUGGGCAGAGAGUGCUGGUUCCAUGGUUCCAGCUGGAGCUGAAGACAAGAUACCUGGGUCAGGCAAAUCCUGGCCCAUUUUUUUGUUUUUCGCAGUGGUUCUUGGAGGCCCUUAUCUCAUAUGGAAAUUAUUAAGUUCUGCUACUUCUGAAGCAGAAUCAACAAGUUGGGCAAAUGGAGAAGAUGAUCAUAUUGUUGCAAGAGCGGAGUAUGAUUUCACUGCUGGGACAGAAGAAGAGCUCUCAUUUCGUUCGGGUGAUAUGCUUAACCUGGCACCUAAAGAACAACAGCCAAAAGUACGUGGAUGGUUGCUGGCCUGUUUGGAUGGCCAAACAACUGGAUUAGUGCCAGCCAAUUACGUCAGAAUUUUAGGUAAAAGGCGGGGCAGAAGGCAAGUGGAGCUGGAACGCACUGCAAAGAAGCAGCCACAGAGACCUAGUGAUUCAACAGCUACAGGAACCUCAUUCAAGGAACAAGAGGCAGUCUUUGAAUCUGCUUUUUCUGAAACAUCAAAACAGAAUAUAGAUUCUGACACGGUAGAAUCUAUAAAUACUGGGAAAGAUGUAAUGAAUGUCUGAAAAUACCAAUAUUAAUAAGAUCCUUUCCCACCUGCCUUCUGCUCUAUUAAAUUUUAUUCAUAGGUUUUAAGCUUCAGUUGUAGCAUAUCCUUUCAUUCUCAGCCUAGCAACAUAUUCUUUGAUAAAGGAAUUGGGUACAUUAAUUUAUUUGCCACCUACCAGUACAUAUCCAUAUCCUUGAUCUAUGUGCACCAGAUAAAUAAUGUCCUUGAGUGCAACUAGUUAUUGGUUAGCAAAAUUUUAAUCUUGGCCUGAGAUUUCAACAACUCUGAUGGGUUGUCUGUAUGAAUAAGUUGUUUCUCUAGCAAGAUGUGGAGUUGAUUCAAUUAUAUUGGUAUAAUUCAAAGCUUACUGCAUGUCUAAAAUUUGAACACUCAGGGUUUAUUGGUGUUUGUGUUAUUGGUAACAUUCUGGUAAUUUUUGUAAUAAAUAGGUUGUGAUGCAUGGUCAUUUGAUUAAAUUAAUCAAAUCAUUAAUCUACAAUGUUCAUAAACUCAAAUUAAUGGACAAAAGAAAAUAUGUGAAGCAAACACAUUCUUAAACCAUUGAUGAAAUUCAUUAGAGAAAUGCUUAUGUGUUGCUUCCAAUUAAUUGAAUAACCAUGAUGCUAAUUUGCUGGAAUAUUAUAAUUUGUAACCAUAUUCCAACAAGGAGAAGUUUUCAAACUAGUUAUGGUGAUUAAAACAAGAUUCUACAAUUUUACUUAAAGCCUCAUAAUAAAGGGUGAAGGUAGUUUACAGUCCAGUGUAAUAGAAUGGAUAUGACCCGAUGUAAGGAGUAAAUAUAAUUGUAAAGUAAUAUUAUGGGAAGCUCUUGAAAAUUCAUCAAGUUAGGCAAAUGGAGAUCAUAAUGUUGGAAGAGCGGAGUAUGAUUUCACAGCUGGGACUGAAGAGAUCUCAUUCCUUUCAGGUGAUAUACUCAAUCUAUUAAAAUCUGGUCUUUUCAUGUUUAUAUGUAAUUUCUUAACUAAGUUCCAUAAUCCAAACAUUAUUACAAUAUUAUCAGUCAAUAAAACCUGUACGGUCUUGUUUGCAUUGUGAAAA